CCAGCGAGUCAGCGGCUGCCCUGCCCCUUGAAUUGCUCCCAAUACGAAAGGAAACGGCAGCUGUGUCGUCGUCAUCGCUAUUUAAAUGGAAACGCCAGACAAUUCAGAGAAAAUAAGGAAAUUUUAAUCGGCGGAGAGGUCGUUCCAGAACAGGAUAGAAAUAAAGAAAAGAUCUUCUUCUUACCGUGUGGAGAAAGAGAAGAGAAAAAGAAGAAAUUUUUUUUGCUACCUUCGUCUACCGCCUCGCUUGGAUCGCGAUCGUCAAAGAGGUCCCAUUCAACAAGUUGCUUGGCUCUUACACUUUGGUCGAUUGACUGGUUGGUCAGUCUUGUAAAGAUUUCCUUCCCUCAUUUAUUAGUGGGUGCACUUGGAAUAUAAUCCAGGGAAUGCAGAAAGAUGUGCUUGCCCAUCAAGGAGUCCUACUGUAGGUCUGAUGAGGCAGCUCCAGAGGAGCUUCCGCAGUUUUCUUUAAAUGAAAUAGAACAUAGCCAAGAUCAGAUCCGUGCCCGGACACAUGGCCUCUGCAAGGAUGGUUAAAUUAUAUGUUUUUUAGCUCCCGCUCUGUAGAUAUCAGUAUCAAAUAUUUGGUUAGUGGGAGGUAUAGAAUAUUUCUGUCGUUCGUGUGCUUGAUUAGGUUUUCUUGAUUGGGAAAGAAAGAUGGAUAAUAAGGGAACGAUAUUGAUGCAAAGGUUUGAGUUAGGCCGAUUAUUGGGUCAGGGCACCUUUGCUAAGGUGUACUUUGCUAGGAAUACGAGGACAGGGCAGAGUGUUGCUAUAAAAAUGAUUGAUAAAGAGAAGGUCAUGAGGGUGGGGAUGAUGGACCAGAUCAAACGAGAGAUAUCUGUAAUGAGGUUGGUGAGACACCCAAACAUUGUUCAGCUUUUUGAGGUUAUGGCCAGCAAAUCUAAGAUCUAUUUCGUAAUGGAAUAUGUCAAGGGUGGAGAGCUCUUCAACAAGAUUGCAAAGGGUAGGCUGAGGGAGGAUAUGGCAAGGAAGUAUUUCCAGCAACUGAUUGCUGCUGUUGACUUUUGUCACAGCAGAGGCGUUUAUCAUAGAGAUCUGAAGCCUGAAAACCUCCUGUUGGAUGAAAAUGGUGAUCUUAAGGUUUCAGACUUCGGCUUGAGUGCACUUGCAGAAUCAAAGCGGCAAGAUGGGCUGCUUCAUACAACAUGUGGAACUCCAGCUUAUGUUGCCCCAGAGGUAAUCAGUAAAAAGGGUUAUGAUGGGGCAAAAUCUGACAUUUGGUCCUGUGGGGUGAUACUGUUUGUCUUGCUUGCUGGUUAUCUUCCUUUCCACGAUUCCAAUCUCAUGGAGAUGUACAGAAAGAUAACAAAAGCAGAAUUCAAAUGCCCUCAUUGGAUUCCUUCAGAAGUUAGAAGGCUCUUAUCGAAGAUGUUGGACCCAAAUCCAAGUACUCGAAUAUCAAUAGCAAAUAUCAUGGAGAAUGCUUGGUUUAAAAAGGGAUAUAAACCAGUCGACAGGGAACGGGAGCAUAAGGAAUUGACUGCCCUUGAUGUUGAUGCUGCUCUUUCUGACAGAGGGGCUGGGGAGACUGUUGAGAGGAGGGCACCCACAUCUGUGCCUGUGAAACCUCUAUCCUUAAAUGCUUUUGACAUCAUCUCGCUUUCCUCAGGCUUUGAUCUUUCAGGUUUAUUUGAGGAGAAGGUGAAAGAAGAACGUUUCACUUCCAGACAGCCAGCUUCAGUUAUAAUCUCAAAGCUGGAGGAAGUUGCAAAGCUCCUGAAGUUCAAAAUCACAAAGAAAGAUGAAGGACUGUUGAGAAUCCAGGGGCUGAAGGAGGGGAGGAAAGGAGUUCUAUCAAUAGAUGCAGAGAUAUUUGAGGUGACCCCAUCAUUUUAUGUGGUGGAAAUGAAGAAAACAAAUGGCGACACAUUGGAGUAUCGGGACUUUUGUAAACAGAACUUGAGACCCGCACUCAAGGACAUAGUGUGGGCUUGGCAAGGAGAACAUCGGCCAGAACAGCAAGAGCAACAACAUCAGCAUCAACAGCAACAAUGACUUCGGUUAUCAAAUUCUUCUGUCCAGCAACAGUAACAACGGCAGAACCAGGCCCAGCACCAAGACUGACGGUGACCAAAUUUAAGAGUACUGAUGAUCAUCUGUUUGUUGACCUGCUCAUACCUUUUGACUGUCAAUGAUGCGUUUCCAGGAACCUCUUUGAUUUUCUUUGCUCGGUUGUGUUCCAACUGUUGUAAGACUUGGAUACUUGUUUCUUUUAUCUAUCUAUUGCACGAGUACUGUAGUUAUGUCUUAUAAGCUUUGAACUAUGGAUGCAGCUUUUGUUUGCGUAAGGAACUAAAUAAACUUCAUGGUUUUUCACA